UGGACGUAUUUUAUUUUUCGUAUUUUAUAUAUCUUUAUAUAAAAAUAUAUAUAUAAUAUUAUAUAUUAAACAAAUAAAUAACAAAAAAAUACCAAAAUACAGAAAAAAAAUCAACUGAACUUGCACUCAAGAAAAAAAUCCGAGAAAAACAAAAAAAUCCGCGCGCGUGAAAAAUUUGUGUUACAAAAUAAAUAAAAAAAUCACAAAAAAGGGAAUUCCUCAACUUUUUGUAAAAGGAAAAACUCGAGUGCGCUAUUUUCUGCAAAAAAACAAAAAAAAUGAUAAGAGUGAACCUGAACAGCAAAACGCACGUACAAUUGAUAAUAAAAGUUACAUUAUCCAAUUAAGAGAGUCUACACAACAAUUUAAGUGACCAACCGAGUCAUCGUCACAAGCAUCGGAAAAAAUGUUAUCAAUCACACGCGAAAACAUAAUUAAGUAAUGUCACGUACGUUGUCGCAUUAAAAGAAGAAAAAAAAAAGAAAGAAGCUCGAUGGAAUAAAAAUAAAAAGAAAGAAAACGAAACGAAGAAUCACCUUUUUUUUAUUAGUGCACACACGAAAAAUAUUUCUCUUAUAGUAUCACCCAUCACAUCACCACGAGCCUUUUAUUCUAAUUAUAACGUAACGCGUUGUUAUUACAUAUACAGAUUGGAAUUUAUUUUAGCAGCAUUUUCUUUGUACAAAUUCUCGUCGUCGCUCUUCUUCUUCUCGUCAAGCAGCGAGCAGGCAAGCAACGUUUCGCUCAUUAUUACAAACAACACACAAAAAUAUCACAAAAAAAAAAAAAAUUUUUACACACACAUGUGAAUUGCAUAAAAAGAGAGAGGGAAUACCUACCUAAAUAUCAAACACAAAAGCGAGGCAUAGUUGACGAUGAUGUCUCCUCGUUCAUUGAAUAUCUAACAAGUGCGAGUAGGAUAGACUUAAUUUGUUGUUUUUUUUCGUUUCCCAUUCAAUUCGUGUGGUGUACACAAAAAAUUUGACGUCAUCCAUACCGAAACAAAAAAAAAAAUUUGUACGGACAGUGAAUCAACAUGGCACGAAGAAAAGUAUCGAAAACAAAAACCUCAACAGCGAAAAGCAAGACAGCAAAGAAUACUCAGAUAGAAGCUCUGGAUCAAGACACAGAUGAUCUGAAAGAUUCUGGUCGUAAUAGCAGUAAGAAGCCAUCUGUGAUGGAAACACUAAAGCGAAAAUCAAGUGAUACAUAUUUAAAUGCUGGCAAAGUGUCGACCAAUAUUUUUAUCAGUAACAAUAACAGUAGUAGUAGUAACAAUAUAUCAUCGUCGUCUGCCGUCGUCGCAUCGCGAGGCGUCUCAAAUUCAACGGAAAUGCCGCCAUCGAUGGCGAAACCUCCGCAACCGCCACAACAACAAGCAUCUUCCUUAACGUCGUUCAACAGUGAUCAAAAGUACCUGCAUAAGAAAUUCAAGCGAAUCGCGAGUGCAACAAGUGACAAUUUCGAAAAUAACAACAAACACGAGGACAAAGCGCCUCCACCGCCGACGCCGCCGUCGUCAUCGUCAUCGUACGAGAAUUCCUCCAAACAAAAUAGUUUCUCAAGUGCCAAUAACAGUCAUCAUCAUACGAACAACAAUAAUUUAAUAAACAAUUUCAAAGUAGUGCAAAAUCACACAAUGACACCCCACAAUAGCAGUAGUAGUAGUAGUAAUAACGCGAAAUCUGUGCCACAAGUGAUGACGGCGUACGAAAAUUACAUAAUAACGAAGGAGAAGUUGACGCAUCAUCAAGUGCAGCAAAUUGACGCGAAAAUUGCGGCAGCUGCAAAUUCGCCCGAAACCUUCAUGAACAACAAUCACGGCAAAAAUUCGAGACCGCCGGCACUGAUGAUCGUGAAUAGUCACCAAGAUCCGUCGUCGUAUCCGCAAAAUGAAUCGACGCCGGGCCGACAUGUUUGCCCGUAUUGUCAACUGGUUUGUACAAAGCCAUCGGUGUUGGAGAAACACAUUCGAGCGCAUACCAACGAACGUCCGUACCCGUGCAAAAUGUGUGGAUUCGCAUUCAAGACCAAAAGUAACUUGCACAAGCAUUUCAAAUCUCGCGCUCACAUGUCCCGCGAAAGGGGUGAAGAACCUCAUCCCGAUGACGAUAUGGCUUCGUACGGUUCAGAUGGGGAAACGACUGACAAGGAUACAAGUAAUAGUGGAUUAGAUUUGAUGCGACGAAUAUCGCCCGUGGAUGAGAGAACGUCGAGUCCUUUGUCGCAACAAUCCAUGGAUAAGCCGUACAAGCCAAAAUUUCACUUGUAUCCGGGAAAAGCGGCGGAAUUGGCGCCCGCGAAAGUUGCGUCGAACAAAGAUUCGUCAUCUUAUGUGCCAACCAUUAGUACCUCAACAAUGACAACGAGCACGCCGAGUGUCAUUCAAUCCAAACCGCCGGGUGCAAGUAAUUUUGUGUUAAGUGCAAGUGUCUCGGAAUCCGUGACGCAACACAUCCAAAAAAUAAUUUCACAAAACGCUGCCAUCAUCGAAGGUGUCGAUCCGGCAUUACAGAAGAAAUAUCACAAAAUUACCGGAAUAAAUCGUUCAAUCUCCGUCGACAACUCCAUCGGCUCUUCCUCGAGUUCGAACACGACACCGAACGUCACGCGCAAAAGUUCCCUUUCGAUCCCACCGCGAGAACUUUCGCAUCAUCACCACGCCAACAACAACAACAACAUUCAACACUCAGCAACAGUUCCUCCAUCGCCGGCAUCGAUGCCAAAUAACAUCGUGAUAGUGGCUCCCAAGACCCCGGGCCAGAUGCAAUAUCAAUCGCACACGCAGCUCAUUCAUCCGUUGCAAGCGACGCCGCAUUCCGUGCAAAUUAUUCAACAACCCAUCAUGUUCAACUCAUCCGCGCCGGCAUCUUCUGUGACAGCAACUCCGUCAAAUGUGCCAUCGUCGCCGCAACAAACGCCCUUGCAGUUGCAAGUCCCGCUGAAUUUGGCGACAAAACCGCAGGAAAUGCCCGAUAAUAGUCCGCGAUCGAGGAAAACGUCGCAAGAAACGGAACAAGUUCCCGUCGUGGAUCAUCCCAAAAAUCCGGAAAGAUCGAUCAUUAAGGAUUUGUUGUUGAAUUCGAGGACUUUUGGAGUCGUGGCGGAGGGAGAAACGAACGAAACGGGGUACAUUUGUCCGACAUGCAAGAAAGUUUUCCAAAAUGCGGAUGUUUUCAAGUAUCAUCAGUUUGUGGCGUGUGACGGAAGUAGUUUGGAAUUGCAGCCACAGCAACAUUAUAUCGAUGAACAAGGUCCUCAGAGUGCGCCAAUUAGUCCUGUGGCAUCACCUCAUCAGUAUAUUCGAUCGAAUUCGUUGCAUAUUGCCUCGUUGGAUAAGCAUGGGAAGGUCAUUGAGCGGAUUCAUGGAAAUCCCGCAAAAAUCAUCAAACCUCGUCUUUCACGCCAAAAGCCCGACAACAUCAUCAUCACCCAAUCGAAUGUCUCGCCAGUAAUUGAAGGAGCUUCCAUCGACCAAUUCCAUCUCAUCCCUCAACACCACAAAAAUUUAAUCGAAAUGACACAAGCUCCCUUACCCUCACCCGGUCCGUUACUCGGCAAAACUCCCCUCAUCGACAUGUACUCAAUGCACGGCUCGCAAGUGAUCGAACGCAAAAUGAGUCUUUCGGAAAUCGAAGAGCUCCAUUAUCAGCAGCAACAACAAAUGCAUUCGGCUUCAAAACGCGCCCGUUACAACAACGACAUGCGAGGACGCGUCGAAAAAAUGCAAAUGUUCGGCGGCGACGUAAAAAUCUUGGAAAAAUCUCCCAUGGGACAAUUCAGUUCGGGCGGCACGAUGUCGUCGCUGUCCCCGAACUCGGAUGAAAUGAACGAAAAUGCUCCGGUGAUGGUGACGGGACUCCAUUCGGGCGGCAUGGCAGUUCCCAUGCACGAAAAAGACCAAAAAGUCCAUGAAAAGCUACCGAUGACACCGAAACUUGUGCUGACAAUCACGCCAACGCUCACAAUAACGCAGCCAACGCAGAGUUUGUACCAACAAAAGACGCAUUUUCAAUUUCCGCCGUUGAAUGCGAUCACCGGAUAUAAUCCGCUGACACUUCCGCCUGCUACAACGACUUCCAGUCCGCAAGUACAAAGCAUCAUGCACGGCGGGAAGUUAAUUCCGCAUGUUCCGGGCAUUCCAGGACCCAAUACGUUCAAUCCAAAGGUCGAAAAUUUGAGCAAAAAUAUCAUGCCGAGUCCAAAAACGCCGGUAAUGCCAUCGUCUCGUACCGUUCCAAGCAAUAAUUUGAUGAUUUCACCUCGAAGUGUCCCGCAAAUCAAGUUGGAGCCAUUCGACGAUGGGUAUAAUGUGCCACAAAGACCUCCAUCGACCCCAAAACAGAGUUUCAACUUCUCGCGGAUCGCUGAUAACAUCAGUCCGAGCAAAAAAGGCGACCAGGAAGAGUCAAAAGCAGCUUCUGUCGUUAAAUUACACUCGGAUGACGUGAGAAUUUUCAAUUAUGAGAACGUCAUCGCGAAAAAUGAGAUAAUUGUGAGGCCCGGAGAUGAUGUCAAGCCAUCGCCAAAGGUGAAAGAAGAGUCCCGACCAAAUAAAUUCCUCAGACCGAGCAGUUUACCGUUGAAACCGGGGACUUUUACGCCGAAACAACAUCAUGGCAUCACCCCAACAGCCAAUACUUUGCCUCUGAUCUCGCCAGAAACCCCGAGACCGUCGAAAACUUGCGUGCAGCAAUACCACAAUGGACAUGCUUACACCUACUUGGGCCUGAAAUGCAGCACGAAGCCCUUUUAUUGCACCGUGAACAAACCACAACCGGCUUAUUGUGUGACGCAAGCGAAAUUAUCGAUGUACAGCAACUGGCAAGUCUAUCCGGAGAGCAAACCGCAUCCUCUGAACUUGAAACCGCUUGAUGUGAUGCUUUGUUACCGUUCCUCGUUCAAAUUCGAGCGAAAUCGUAAAUUCACGAUCGCAAAAACCCAAAAAAUGGCUUAUACGUUGGUCAAAUCGACCGAAACUCGGGUGUCGGCUGUUGAAGCUCCCACGAGAUUCCCUAAAUUUGCGCCGUUGGAAGAGCAAGUCGCCACCAAUAACGGAAAUGCGACGCAGGAGGAGGAAUAUGUGCGUGGCAGAGGUAGAGGCAAGUACGUUUGUGAGACGUGUGGCAUCAAAUGCAAGAAACCGUCGAUGUUGAAGAAGCAUAUUAGGACGCAUACGGAUGAGAGACCGCAUACGUGCACGAAUUGCAAUUUUAGCUUCAAAACGAAGGGAAAUCUCACGAAACACAUGAAGUCGAAGGCGCAUUACAAGAAAUGCAUUGAGCUGGGAAUUCCGUAUGAAGAGUAUCAGGGCAGUGAAGGGGAUAAUGGGUCGGGAGAACAUGCGAAUGCGAUGACGACGGGCUUUGAGGAUGAGUCGGAGAACGAGAAUGACAGCGAUUGCGAUGAAGAUACCGAAAGUGAUGACAACGAAGAAAAUCGUUCCCGAUUACCCGAACACGAAGCUGCUCGUUGCCUGCUUUCCCUAUCGAUGACACCACCCGCAACCAACUUGAUCUCCAACCAACCUGCCAUCGAUAAAACUGACCCGCCUCGUCUUGAUGAGAUCUCCUGCCGACGAAUUAUCACAUUUGCCGCCCCAAAAACUGAAUUCGACCUUCACGGACAGUACUAUUCCGAUCCUAAUUUGGUGAAAAUCAACGAACGACAGGAAACUGCUGCACCUCCAGCUGAAGCUGAAGAUUGCCCAAUUGACCUUACAAAACGAUCGAAAAACGUCCCCGAACCAGCAGCUCGUAAAAAACCCGCAAAAGUCUCUGACGUCAUCAUGCCCAUCAACGGAUCAGCUUCAGAAUUGGCAAGUUUGAUGUCAAUUACCGACAAAUUUCCGUUCCUCGGGCAAAAUGGGGAGCAUUUCGUGGCAGAUCAAAAUAUUUUGCCGCACAAGUACAUCACGGAUCGCGCCUUGUUGGACACAAAAAUCAAACAAAGUCAGAAAAUUAUUCAACAAAACAGCAGUCAGGAGAUGCCGAUGCAGGAAAAUCCAAGAAUUGAACAUGUUGCUGCUCAAACGAUUGAACAACCGCGCGUCGUUGAUGACGAACCAGGUAUUUCGAUGAUGGAUACGUUGGCGGAAGUGGCAGCAAGUAGUGUCAAAUUGGAUGUCACGCCGAUACAUUCGCCAAAAAUGCCCGAAGAUCCAGUUCCGAAGGUCGAAAAUGACUCGCGGAACUUCAAUGCGAAGAGUAUUGCGACGGAAUUCCUGAAAUUGACCCAAAAUGUGAAGAAUUCCUCGGAAAAUGAUGGCGAAGGUGAGAGCGGAAGUGAUCAAGAUGCCCAAAAAUUCAACGUGAACCGUACUGUAGUGGUUGGUCCGGGCGCUUUUAACGCCGUCGUCAACAAAAAAGUCAAAAAUGACGCGAAACCCUUCAUGCAAGACGAGGGACGUCCCUUGUGUCACAUUUGCAAGAAGGUUUUCCCGAAGCAAUCUGCUCUGAAACUCCAUCUAAACAUUCAUGCCAUGGAACGGAAGUACAAAUGUGGUCCCUGUGGUCAAGGAUUCCGCACCCAAGGUCACUUACAAAAGCAUAAUCGCUCGGCGCAACAUCAAACUAAGGUCUCGAUGACCUCAACAUUCGGCGUUCCGUCUCAAAGCAACCCACGGCCCUUCAAAUGCAAGGAUUGCGGCACCCAAUUCCGCAUCCAUGGGCAUCUGGCGAAACAUUUACGCAGCAAAUUGCACGUAAUGCGUCUCGAAUGCUUGGGAAAACUCCCCAUUGGACUCUAUGCGGAAAUAGAAAAGUCUGGAAUUAGUUUGACGAAUAUCGAUACGAGUGAUUGUGACACGUCCCUCGCGAGUUUACUCGAAGUAGCAAGAAAAAUCCACGAAGAUGACCCCACAAAACUGAAUUCCGCAUCGACAGAUCAAAGUAAUAACAAUACCACGCAACGCCCCAUGGAAAAUAUGGACGAAGAAAAUGGCGAAAGUGACGGCGAAUACCCAGAUUCGGCAGAUGAAGGACAUGCCGACCAGGAAAACACAAAAGAACCAAUAAAUGGCUUGAAACGGACGUACCUCAACACGUUCGGCGAUAAAAUUCAGAUGCACGAAAGUGACUCGGAUAAGGAUCCCUUGAAGUUGGAUACACCACCGCCGAGACCCAUUGCAGCGAACAUGCACGACAUGAACGAGAAACGCUUCAAAACGGAUUUCCACCAUAACAAUGACUCGUAGUGCCAAAAAACAACGACGAGAGACGAGAUCAAUUAAUGUGUAAUAUAAGAAAAAAAUGAAAAAUAUUUAAAUUCGUGAUAUUUUUUUGUAUAACUUUAAACAUAAGCGCAUUUAAGACUUUUGUUAAUUUUUUUUCGUUCGUUAUAUUUAACAUGAGCUUCCCUUUAUGAUUUUUAAUUUUUACAACGGAGAUAAUUUUUUUUUGAAUUUUUGAUUUUGAAACAUAUAGAAGAAAAAAAGACAAACUUUUUACAAAAAAACGACCCAUAAAAAAAUCAAUUGCAUAUCAAUAUUAAAUAUCCGUAUUGAUGAAAAGAUAAAUUUUUAUAAAUGAACAAAUUUUGAUAAAAAUAGAAAAUUUUUGAUAUUUUUAAUUUUUCACCGAAAUAAAUAAAAUAUAAUAAAAAAAAUAUGAAAUGUAUAGAAAGGCCAAAUAUACGUAAAAAAAAUAAAUUUUCUUUUUGUCUUUUUUGAGUUUAUUAGUUUGAAUGUAUGUCUUCCAUAUCACCUUUUAUAUAGAACAUAAAGAAAAAAAAAGAAUAUUCAAAAAUUUAUUAAAAAAAGUUUUUUGAUACAAAACUCUGUCUGUAAGU